AGCUUCCGGUCUGCGCGCGCGCGUGUUCGGAGACGGCCGGAGAAUGGGCGCGUGCUGGUCAGGAAGUGAUCGGGAGCUGAUCGAUCAGUGUUGAUCAGCUGCCGGGUCUGCAGGCUGCACGGGGCUUGGUUCUGAGGCUGCAGCGGGGGACGGGUUCGGGUCCUGGCGGUCCAGUCUGAAGCCGUGUGGUUAUCCCGGGUUUUAUCCCGGGUUUAAUCCCGGUCUCAGCCUGGGUUUACCUGCAUGUUUGGAUGUUUGAAACUCGUGCUCUGAGCAGAUGUUCCUGCACAUCUGGACCGCAGCGAGCCCAACACCAGCAGCAGCCCCGGUUCUGUGUGAUCCGGUUCUAAAUCUGGGCUCAUCCAUGUUUGAUGAAGACUCCAGCAGAUCGAUCGCAGCUUCAGUUGCUGACCUCUUUAGCAGAGUCCAGGAAGGUCACCGGGAGGCCCACGGGACCAGAACCAGCAUCAAUAAUUCACCUGCAGGAGCUGGACUGACCGGGUUCUGAUGGGAUCCGGUUUGGGUUUUGCCGGUCCUGCUGGUGGAGAGGGACUCACUCUGUUCUUCUCCCAUGGAUUCACCUGUUAGCACGGCCCUGUGGGGGGGAACCAACUACACACUGGACUCGUCGGGUCCGAACCUCAACACCCAGCUGAGCACCUCCUCACCUGUGGAGUCCAGGGUCGUGUCCAUCGUAACCAGCCUGGUGACCGCCACCGCUCAGGCUGCGUCGGGAGCGACAGGAAACCUCUCAGCGCUCAGAGAACAGAGGGGCAGCGACGCCCAACGCGAGUCGUCCACAGCGGCGGUCCUGAGCUUGUCCGGCAGGAACUCUGCCUUGCAGGGGGUAACGGUGGCGGCGCAGGCUCUGGUGCUGCUCUCCAUCUUCCUCCUCUCCAGCCUGGGAAACUCUGCGGUCGUCGUCGUCAUCGUCAAACACCGGCAGCUCCGGACCGUGACAAACGCCUUCAUCUUGUCGCUGUCACUGUCCGACUUUCUGACYGCCGUCCUCUGCCUGCCCUUCUCCUUCAUCAUGCUCUUCAGCAAGGACGGCGUCUGGAUGUUCGGGGACGCCUUCUGCGUGGCCAACGGCUUCUUCAACACCUGCUUCGGCAUCAUCUCCACCCUCACCAUGACCCUCAUCUCCUUUGACCGCUACUACGCCAUCGUCCGCCAGCCUCAGGCUAAGAUCGGGCGCCAAAAGGCCACGCGGCUGUUGGCGGCCGUCUGGGUGGCGGCGGUGGUUUUCUCCCUGCCAGGGUACCUGCUGGUCCAAACGUCGACGCAGGUCCACAAGCGAGGCUUCUACCACUGCAUGUACGCCUUCCACUCCGGCAGCUCCGGCCUGGGGACGGCGUACAGCGUCUGCCUCAUCGUGGCAUGCUUCUUGCUGCCGUUCUCGCUCAUGUGCUUCUGCCAUUACAACAUCUGCAAGACCGUUCGGCUCUCUGAGAUCCGCGUCCGGCCCGUCACCACGUACGCCUACCUGCUGCGGUUCUACAGCGAGAUGAGGACCGCCACCACGGUGCUGAUCAUGAUCGUCUUCAUCAUCUGCUGCUGGGGUCCGUACUGUUUGAUGGGCCUGGUCUCGGCCAUCGGGAACUACAGAUUCAACCCGGCCAUGGACACUGUGGCCAUCUGGCUGGCCUGGUCCAACGGCGCCAUCAAUCCGCUCAUCUACGCCCUGAGGAACCCCAACAUCUCCAUGUUGCUGGGCCGCAGCAGGGAGGAGGGCUACCGGACCAGAAACAUCGCCGCGUACCUCUCCGGCCAGAGCCGCAACCGGGAGGUCCGGCAGAACCAGGCGGAGCGGAUCAGGGACCGCUACGUGAGCCGAGCGGGGGCGAACAACAGCCGCCUGUCGAGCUCCAGUCCCGGGAAGACUGGAGGAGGGGAGGUGGCCAUGUGGGCCUGCAGGAACCCGGCCGUGUUCUUCUGCAGAGAUGCUCAGCUCAGCACCACGACGCCGGCCGGCACCGGUGCCGAACUGAAGACCAAGACGGCCAACACCAGCCUGUGAGGCGCCGCGUGUUUUAUCAGGUGGUUUUUUAAUCAGACGAUCCGAUCUGGGGAGGUUCUGCCAGAGCAGCUUUUAAACGACCGUUUCUGUACUUCAAAAGAAGUUUGUCUAAAUGAACCUGAAGAUUUAUUUACUGAUAAAUGAGUUUAUGUUUAUUUACUUGUUAAAAAGUUAUGUUUUCAUCCUCAGAUGGUUAAAAAAAGAAACUUAAUUGUUAUAUUUUAUAUAAAAUCCAAUUUUCAUUGCUUGUUUUAUGUGUCUCUGUGUUGCCGUGGCCUCUUGAGCCAAGUCCCAACUAUAAUUUUUCUUUUUGUAUUUAAAACAGAAAAUUUUAAUUGUAAGAAAAUAAAGCUUGUAAGGUCAUUUGAUUUAGAACCACAGCGCCCUCCUGUGGUUCAGUUUGAACAUUAAAAACAUAAAAACCUG